AUGGUGGCUCACUCAGGUCACACCAUUGUGAUCAAACUCGGAACGAGCUCCAUCGUCGACGAGAAAACGCACGAACCUAUUCUGUCAAUCUUAACCCUGAUUGUGGAAACCGCUGCCAAACUUCACAGGGAUGGACACCGUGUGGUAUUGGUGUCCUCUGGAGCCGUUGGCGUCGGUUUGCGGAGAAUGGAUGUAGACCAAAGACCGACAUAUCUGCCCAGGAUACAGGCUCUUGCUGCGGUAGGCCAAUGUCGACUAAUGAGUCUCUGGGACAACUUGUUCUCCCACCUCCGCGUCCCUGUCGCUCAGAUCCUUUUGACAAGGAACGACAUUGCUGAUAGAACCCAAUAUGUCAAUGCCCAAAACACAUUUGGACAAUUGUUCGACAUGGGUGUGAUCCCAAUUGUCAACGAGAACGAUACCUUGGCUGUUUCUGAAAUUAAAUUUGGCGACAAUGAUACCCUUUCUGCAAUCACAGCGGCGAUGGUCAAGGCCGAUUACCUUUUCCUCAUGACCGAUGUUGACUGCCUUUAUUCAGAGAAUCCUCGAAACAACCCCAAUGCGAAACCCAUCGAGGUCGUGACUGAUAUCUCCUCCUUGGAGGCCGAUGUUUCAUCAUCGGGUUCCUCACUCGGUACUGGAGGCAUGAGCACGAAGAUUGUAGCCGCCAAGCUUGGAACCAGCGCCGGUGUAACAACCAUCAUCACCAAAAGCUCGAAACCAGGGAAUGUGCACGAGAUUGUGAAAUAUCUACAAUAUCUCGAGGCGCAAGCCAAUGGUACCGGAACCGAAGGAAUUGAGCCACCGACUGCCCCUCUUCAUACUCGCUUUAUCCGCUCGCAAACCCCCAUUCAAUCGCGCACUUUCUGGCUUCUCCAUGGACUGUAUCCCCAUGGUACUUUGUACAUUGACCAUGGGGCUUACAACGCACUUUUGAACAAUGCCAACCUACUUCCAGCUGGAGUUGUCGGGGUUGAAGGCCACUUUGGACAGCAAGAAGCUGUGCGGUUAGUGGUUGUUGAAAAGCCUUCCCGGGACGCCUUGAAUGGCGACUUUGUUCAUCACAGUGAUGAACCCAAGGAAGUCGGCCGGGCCCUUGUGAAUUACGGAAGCCUCGAGAUUGCGCACAUCAAGGGUCACCGCAGUACCCAAAUCGAAUCGCUCCUCGGCUAUGCCGAUAGCGAUUAUGUGGCUAUGCGAGAGAACAUCUCCUUCCAUCCCGAGGAGCACAGCCCUGGCCAUACCUCGACCCCCUCAUUAACACCGGCAUUGGAAGCCUGGAAGACGCCAUGA